CGAUUUGGAGUCUGGCAGACACAUUUUAAGGCAUCAGGCAUCGGCUUGUUCAGGGUGAGAGGGGACUAUGUCGCUUGCAUUGGCUAACUCGCAGUGGCCUGAACAGCCCGACCCGCUGAAAGAAGUGGACAAUUUGUUGCGGUGUGGGAUAUGCUUUGAUUACUUCAAUAUUGCAAUGAUCAUUCCUCAGUGUUCACAUAAUUAUUGUUCUCUCUGUAUACGCAAGACCCUGUCCUAUAAAGCACAGUGUCCUACAUGUUGUGUGGCAGCUGCAGAACCUGACCUGAAAAAUAACCGGAUAUUAGAUGACUUGGUAAAAACCUUUAAUUCUGCAAGACAACGAUUAUUCCAGGCAGUUUUGGAUUCUCCAUUGGUUUCGAAUUCUCCAUCGGUUUCUCCUCCAGCACUUUUCAGGAAGAAAGCUGUUGCCAAAGGCCACAUUUUGAAUUCUUCAGAUGACUUUGCUUUAGGACAGGAAUUUACAGGUAACCUUUUAGUCAAAGAACAGACACCUAGAAGACCAUUCAAGACCUUUGUGAGGGAAGGUAAAAAGAUCAAAGUGAAGGAGGAAGAGGUCCCCUAUGGUGUUGAAGAAGGCAACAUGACAUUUAGUGAAGGAGCAUCAAGUGCAAGUCCUAAGGAAGGUACCAGACAGCCUGAAACACCUUCCACAUCUGCAAUAAAAGUUAGGGUGGAGUGUCCAGUCUGUGGGGUUCCUGUUCCAGAACUGCAUGUAAAUAAGCACCUUGAUAGCUGCUUGACCAGUGAUGAGAAGAAAGACAGUCUCCGAAGCUCUGGACACAAAAGAAAGUUCUUGCCUAAAGUGGUGUACAAUUUACUUUCUGAUCGUGAUCUGAAGAAAAGACUGAAGGAGCAUGGGCUAUCUACUCAGGGAACAAAACAACAGCUCGUUAAGAGACACCAAGAGUUUGUUCAUAUGUAUAACGCACAGUGUGAUUCUUUAAAUCCCAAAUCAGUUGAGGAAAUAGUGAAAGAGCUGGAAAACAAUGAGAAGACUCGAGUACAGCUUGAAUCAAAGAUGGGUGGAAAAUAUAGCAUGACAUUUACAAAGCACCAGGCAGAGAAUGAAAUUGAUGAAAUUCAUAGAGAUUACCGAAAGAAACACAAAGCUGAAUUUCAGCUUUUAAUUGACCAAGUGAAUAAGCGGAAGAAAAAAGCAAAUAAAAUCAAAACAGAAGAGGAACCAGAUCAGAAGGAAGUGGCAGCUGAAAAAAUGUCUUUAGAAAUUGCGGAAAAGCAGAGUGCUGAAGAAGAUGCACACAGAGAUGUCCUUACAGAUGUAGGGUUCGAGAAAGGAGCUUUUGACUGCUCCAGAAGCCAAUCUCUUGAUUUGUCUAAAGCCAGGGGAUUGAUUCUUCCAUCCUCCUCUCACUCCUCUGGAUCCUCAAACAGCUCAAGUUCAGACAUCAUAAGAGAUUUGGAAAUUGCUGGGAUUUGUUCAGGCUCAUCAGAUAAGCAGUUUUAUAUGGGAGAGCACUCUGAGUGAUACCAGCUAUUAUAUCUUCUCAUCCUGCUGCAUGUAUGAGCCAUGCCAUAAUUUAUUUCUUCAUGGAGUUAAAAAUUGAUAGCCUCUUUUUGUUAGGUUUAUCUUGGUUGAGAUAUGAAUUUACAAAUAUGUUGCUCUGAAUCUCCCCCCCCCCCAACUUCAUAGUGCAUAUAAUAACAUUAUAUUACUUGGUCAAUAUAUAAAAAUGCUCUUGAUAGCCAUUUCCUGAUGGUAUCUGAAUGACUGCCCAGUAAUCAAUUCAUUAAACAAAUGGCCACUAAAAUCUAUUCUUACACCAGUGAAGUGGAGCCAGAAACCUCUGUCGUUCUGUGUUAAUUACUUGUAUUAAAUUAGAAGAAUUAAAAAUAGCCUAAAUUUUAAGGUAAACAUCUGCUUCUUCUCUGUGUCUUCUUUCUGAGAACUAGUUGCUAGGAGAGAGACAGUGUCAGAGCUACUGUUGCUUUUAAUUUUUUUUCAUAAUCAGCUGUAGUUAAAUAUUAGACAGAUGGGAUAGAAAUUUCAGAAUGAAUGACUUUAUCUGAAAGACACCAGGUGCCAGUGACCAACCUAGACUGUAAUGGCAAUUUAAUCCCAUUACUGCUUCGUGGUCAAGAAAGUGCCUAAUCAGACCUGAAAUCUGGGCGGUUUAAUGCUAAACAAUAUAAUUUACCAAAAGGGGAGGCAAAUCUCAGCAAGAAAGUAUGGGCAGCUUGCUAGUGAAAAGGCAAUCAGAUAUAUUGACUCACUUUGUGUGCAUUUUCAAGAAGAUAGGGUCUUGAGUCUCAUACUUUCCCUCUCCACUGCCUGCAGUUAGUGCCACAGGAGAUUGUGUGCUGCAUUGAUGGACAAUGCUGGAAUCUAGCGAAAAUCCAGGAACAUUUUGCUUUUCGGCAUUGUUUCAUCUUCAGCCCUCUCUAUUAUACUUUUUGCCCUCACACGAAAGAAAAGAUGU